UGCAAACCAAAUGUAAUAAUAAUCAUGUAGUCACCGACACAAAGCUGUGAUGUUUCCAAGGCAGAGGUGCUGGGACGGAUGGUUCGGAUAUAGCAAUACCAUUCAGAACAAUAACAAUCAUAUUAAUAAUAAACAUCUCGGCUGCUUGGGGCAGGCAGGCAAGUCCAGACGAACCUCGCUGUCAACCAACCCCCCCCAAUCCCUGGGACAAGAACCAGAACCCCCUCCUUCUCCCUGCUUUAGACCCUGCUUGCUUUAGGAAGCGUUGACUCUGUCCUCUGCACGUCCCGUGUGAGCCGGAACCACCAGGUCCAAACCAGCACAAGAAGAGAACACAUGGGAGGGGGCAGGGGGAGCGCAGGUCAGUGGAAGUUGCAUACGGGGGGUGGGGGGUCGGGGGAUCCGUUUUGGUUGUCUAGCGGCACACCUUGUAGAAAUCAAAUCAACAGCAAAAUGGAAAAAUGCGUAAUGCAACACAGCUUUGUCUUUAAAUAUAUUUAGCAUCUUUCUUCUAAGAGUUUGUACAAAACGAAAAAUGGAAGACUGACAUAGGAAGGAGUAAAUGAGGUAAGGAGGAAAGGAUAAAAGAAGAGAAGCAUUAAGGAACAUGUUGAAGCUGGAAAUCGGAUAGCUGCUGCUGCAAAAAAAACCUGCUCUGGGAAUAAAAAUGUCUGCAUUCAGCGCAGUGCAGGAAAAACCCACAGAAAGAGCGCCUGCGCGUUUCUAACUAGCAUGAAAACAGGCCACGCGUUUCUUGUGUUACCGGGAAGGACCGGCAAUGACGGCAGAGCGGACCGUCGGUGCGUAAUUACGCAUUGGAGCGCACACAAACAUCCAUCCACGCUCCUCUUCCUCUUGCCUUCAGCACACAUUGAAUCCAUCCUGGUGGAAUAUCACAUCGCUGCAAGGACAUGUAGAAUAUCAGCGCGAGUGCAGUCCUUAGGAGGCUUGCGGAGGCUGCCCUUUCCCAUCCCAGCACCAGGACGUAGACGGAAGUCUCUGGGUCAGAUCGCAGGCGAGCGUCGGAGAGCCACCGUCACGUGACCCCCGAUGCCAAAUGGUCUUCAGGCCGUGGCUCUCAGCAAGGACCGGAGCACAAGAAGACGUGGCCACAUCCCCCAGACAUGCAGAAGACCACCUACUACGACAACUCCUCCACGCUUUUUGCUGGCUAUUCGUCCUAUCAGGUGCAGGGGGCGACGGCAGCGGCCAAUGGCUUUGGGGGUUAUGAAGUCCAAGAGUCUCAUCAUCAGCCGGCCUUCCAGUCCGCAACCCAUCUGGAUGUGGACUCCUUCCACCGCUCGGCAUGCUCUUUGCAGUCGCUGGGUGGUGGCGGCGGGCACCAGCAACUCGCCAAAAGCAAGGAGCUGAAUGGCAGCUGCAUGAGGCCCUCCCUGCCGCCUGAGCACCACACCGGCUCUCAAGCGUCCCCCACGCUGGCCCCCAAUUCCAGCGAUGGUAGUACCGCCGCUCAGCAGCCGGGUGGCAGUGCCGGAGCCCCUUUGGUCCCCAAAGCAGGCCCCAAUAAGUCCUCCUCCUCCUCUGCCUCAUCCUCAACUUCCUCCUCCUCCUCCUCGCUGCCCUCCAACCCAACUUUGGCCAAGCAGAUCUUUCCCUGGAUGAAAGAAUCUCGCCAAGCAACCAAGCAGAAGAACUGCUCACCCAGCAACACCUCCUGCAACGCAUCAGGUGGAGGUGAGAGCGGCAGCGGCGGGGAGAAGAGUCCCACCAGCGGGUCGGCGGCGGCGUCCAAGCGAGCACGCACGGCAUACACCAGCGGCCAACUCGUGGAGCUGGAGAAGGAGUUCCAUUUCAACCGAUACCUUUGCCGACCCCGGCGGGUGGAGAUGGCCAAUCUGCUCAACCUGUCUGAGCGCCAGAUCAAGAUCUGGUUCCAAAACAGACGCAUGAAGUACAAAAAGGACCAGAAAUCCAAGGGAUUAAGUUCCAGCUCAGGAGGGCCUUCACCAACCGGAUCACCCCCUCUGCCCAUGCAAUCCUCUGCCAGCUUCCUCAACUCGAUGCACCCCAUGGUAGGCGGCGGUGGGGGCGGAGGGUCGGGCUUCGAUGCUCCGUCUCCUCCAUCCUUUGGUAAAGCUCACCCAGGAGUGUCUUACUCCAUGUCCACUGCCUACUCCAAUCUCCCAAUGAAGGGCUGCCCUCCCCAACAGAAGUACAGUCACCAAGAACCAGACUACAGCAACCCCCAUCCUCACCAUGGCCUGGUGCAGGCCAACAAUGCCAGCUUUGGGACUGCCACUAACAUGCAGGCCAGUCCAGUCUACGUGGGGGGUGGCAGCUAUGUGGAACCUAUGACCGGCUCCGGGCCUUCUAUGUACGGCUUGAACCACCUCGGCCCCACGCCACCCCAUCACCAAACCGUGGACUACAAUGGUGUGGGGUCCAUGUCGGCCGCGAACCAGCAUCAUGUGAGUGGAGGGGUCCCCCCGGGUCCCUGUGAGCCGCCCACGCAUCCGACAUACGAAGAGCUGUCAGCGCACCAUACCUCGACUCAGGGCAGAAUCCAAGAAGCACCCAAGCUCACUCACCUGUAGUGGACUCGGACCAACGCCAGGGCAGACCACACAGAACAAGUAAUGUGACUCGUUAACAGACUUAACUAACACGUGGGGGGGUCACCUGUAGGGAAAGAGAAAAGACAGAGUGGAGCGAUUCAGUGGUUUGUUCUCCACCGUUUUCCAGCGCUUAUCCUGUUUCAUCGGUGACCAAGAAUAAACCACACCCGCCACCGCUCGCUGACACGAGGCAGUAGAGGACGUAUUGGGGGCGUAACCGCACCCCGUCGUCAUGGUUUGGUACGUACUUUGAUUUUAAGCAGGGAUGCUCCGAUCAGGGCUUAUGCUGCUGAUUCCGAUACGGAUACCGAUCACAUGGAUGAAGUGUAAAUGUUUCAAUGUACUGAUAAUGAGUGAUAUUGGCGAGGGGUGCCAUGUAAGAGGGAAAAGUUUGGACAGUUCCAAGGUCCCCAAAAAAUAGGUCAUUAUAAAAAAAUAAAAGGCAGGGGGGCCCAACGGGAUUUGUUCUUCAUCCUAGCUGCACCCCUGCUAUUGGCUGCAUGAUACGGAAAAAGGAAGCAUAGAAUCACCUUCAUUUAGACAAAAACCUAUUUUUAAGAGAACAUACGUCACUGGUGAAGCUCCCAGAGGAGGAGACGGCGUCUUUAAGGAGACUUUGUGUGUGAGAGUGCAUCAGUGGAGCUCUGGCACCACUUCCAGGUAGCACGUACGGUAGGUGGCUCGAACAGUCGAGGAAGCCGCCGCCUUCCACCGCUGACAAAGGCCGCCCAUCUCGCGUGAUGAAUUCAGGCAUUUUUGGGCUCAUUAGCUUCGCCUUCUGACUGUCACGCGCGUACAGGCGACCGUCGUCCAGCGUCUUGGCUGCGUUAGCUGCCGUCUGACUGAUGAUCACACCGUGGGCCUCCACAACUCACCAUACUCCGUCAAGUGUUUGUUCUUCAAAUGCCACAUUAAAUGAAAGCUUUUUGAUAACACUCUUUGAUAUCACUCUCACAAUUGGCAGGCAAGUGUUGCACGGCGGACAUGUUUGUUUUGGCUCUGGCACGCCUGCGUAGUGUGGAGGAAAGUGGGCGGGAACGUUAGAGCGAGACACUGCAGCAUCGUGAUGACGUGCCAGCCACAAGUGAUCGGCUUUUGUGAUCGGCGCUGAAGGGCAUUUAUCGGCAUCGCAUGCUUUUCCAUGGAAAUCAGCAGAUACUGAUCAGUGGCCGAUCGAUCAGAGCAUCCCUAGUUUUAAGGUCGUGGGUCAUUUUGGGAACAGUAAGGUAGUAAAUCCAUGCAGCUUUGUCAUGUCCCAUAGACAGCCAAGUGGUUUGAUAUCACUAUGUGGAAGAGACAUGCAGGAAAGAAAUAUUAGGAGGGGAGCUUUGAUACCUCGUUACUUCAUCAUCGAUAAGCAAACCCCCUUGGUUGCUCAAGUUGCUAUUUGGCUUUCAUCGAAACAAAAGCGCCAAAGAUGCUUGGAGUAAAAGGUCCAGCAGGUCUUCCAAAUGGAACACGCGUGUUGAAGGCGGUGACUGAUUUAUCACGGCGAGCUGGCUCAGCUGCUGAGCUGCCCCCAAACCACUGACUCGUGUUCCUCCUCUCUUUUCACCCCCCGCCCUAAAUGUCUGUACCAAGGCUAUGUCCAUGCCAGCACGCAUCUUUUUGAAAGAGACAUAUUUUGCUCUGUUUGUUUUGUCCUUGCGUGGUCCCACCUGGGUUUGUGCUUAAAAACUGAGGGUUAGGGUUCAUCCAGAACGUUAUUGAAGUCUAAUUCAUGAUUGGAUUUUUUCUUUUAUUACAAUCGUACAACCGAACAAUCGUUAUUAUUUCCCUUAUCACCAUACCGGGCAACCUUCCCGUUUCCCCGGGAAACUCCGUAUUUUGCUCUUCUUUCCCGUAUUUCCUGCAAUUUCCUCGUGUUGUAACUUUUUUUUUUAAUUUUCAAUGUAUUUAAUUAGCAAAGGAAAGAAAAAGGAAGACGAAACAACCCCCACUCCUCCCCAGUCCAGCUCCACAAAACCCCAAAAGAUGCAAUAAAAAUCCACACAAAACAAUUGAAGAAAAGAAAAGACACACAAAUACAACACCAAAAAUAAGUCAAAAUAAUAAUACGGUAAUCAUGAUAAUAAUCAUGAUAACAACAAUAAUAUAAAAAUAUAAAUAAAACAUACAAUAAAAGUCACACUAAUAAAAUAAUAAAAACAAAUAUACAUAACAUUUUUUUGAAAUGACCAACAUGAGAACGACAAUGAUUCUCUCCGUUACUGCCAGAGUAGGUCCGGUCGGUCUGCUCGGCCUUCAAAAUAAAAGCGCAGCAGCAGAAUAACACAGUCACGCCACAAUAGGCAGUCGGGUUUGAUCAAAAUGUCCCUUAUUUUCCCUCAGUCUUUCUUAUUUGCAGAAAAAUUCUCUUAUUUCCAAAUGCAAAUGUUAACAGGUAUGUUCGAAAAUAUGGAAAAAAACAUUCCUUCGAUGAACACACUGAAUCCUCGGGUAAGAUGUCACUACACUGAUGAAAAGAUGUGUUCAAAUGCGCAACCAAGUCAGCUGUGGUUCCUUUUCCAGGCUUCUGUUUGGCCAAAAUGAACGUGAGAUGUUUGGAGCAGUGGAGCUGAAAAUGUGCAUUUUAGCAAACGUUGGUGUUGGUGUGGACAUGGCCUUGACAAAUGGUGUCCUAUAUCUCAGAAUAGCACACGCCCCCUGAAGAGGGCAAGGUUCUCAUGCGCUGACGAUACGUCCAGCUGCAAGGCUAGCCCGGCUUCCCUGGACGACGCAUCAGCCUUUGACACACAGCGAGGCUAAGCUAGUUUGCUGUUGUUGACGCGUGCAGCGGCUUACUUUGUUCCUUCUUUUGGCACAUCACGGAUACAGGGUACACGAGAGCGGAGAAUACUAUUUAUUUACGUCGGGGUGCCCUUUUUCUCCCUCUCUUUCACUUCUAGAAGGCUUUGCGUCCAUCGACGGGCACCGGUUCUUGUUUUUUUGGGUCAUAUCUUGACUCUUCCAAUGGAUACAGGGUAUAUCGUGUUUGAAGACAAAUGCAUGUCACAGGAAUCUGAGCUGAGGUGUGCGGCACAUUUUUGAAAAGCACCGAGGUUUAUUUGCUUGGAGCGUCUGUGGGAGGAGUUUGGGACAAUCCACGCUGAGUGAAAGGAAGGAUGUGGAUGUCCCACGCGUGUUUGGCCCACUUGGCGCUCCUUGAUGUUCUGGGAAUAUACUGGUGUGAUUAUUUUGAAAGGUGCAGACUUACCACGAAGGCUCUUCACGUCUGUGCAUCGUUCUUGCACUUAGAGUUUACAUUUUGAUGGCUAACAGAAAAAAAAGGAAAAAAAUCAAACGUCAUUUUGAGGACGGAAGGCCCUCCAAUCAAAGAGUCUUUCGCAAAUGUGCGUACAAGUGAGCAUCAAAUAUUUAUUUGUUAUAGCCAGUUUUGUAUUAUCAUUAUUUAUCCUUCAUGUAUUUAUAUUGAGAAAAAGACUGUAAUUUUCUAGCAUUUACUGUUAUGAAAGAAAAAAAACAGCAUUGUGUUUCUUCUUGUCGAUUGUACUGAAGUUACGUUUGAGUUCUUGUACUUUGAUAGGAAAAAGGUAGUUUUUAAGUUCCUACAGUGACCCUUGUACAGAAAUGUCUUGACAUGUACGGGGGACAUGCAGGGCGGGGCUUGGCACCCGUCCAUGCGUACGGAGGAUUUUGGCAAAGUAAUACCUGGAAAAGAAAAAAAAAAGAACAAAUGGCGUUUUUAUUUGCCCUUUAGCAACUUUUAAUUUGUUGUUUCGAGUUGUCUGUCCAGCGAUUCCUGAAUAAAAUGUUACUUUAUUGGGACUGUUUAAAGGUACAGGGUUUGAAUAAGCAAUGAAUAAAAUAUCAACAUUCCCAAAUUCACAACCUUGUCUGAAAAGUCUGUAGAGAAGAUGACCUUGACCUUGAUGUCAAAUGCAUCCCACAUGUCCACGACCCUGCAUGCCAGGAAGGAUUGGAGGUUGUUUACUGACAUGCAAGGCAGCCCCUAGGAAGGAAGUGAAUGCUAAAAGGUAAUACAAAUACAUGCUGU